GAAUAUUGCUCAGUAAGAAACAUUUUUACAUUGAGAACUCAAUGCAGCUAACGAUGUGACUGAUCGGAAAAUCGGAAAAUAUUACUAGGCCUGUCAAAAGCCAUGAAGGGCAAGGUGUCUAACUAUGCGAAGCGGAUGGCCCAUCUGUCUGCUAGAAUAUUUGUGGAGUACACCGGAGAAAGAACACACAAUGUUAACCGAAUCAUCAACGAGUUCAAAAGUAUGCCAAAAUAUAAGGACCCCAACAUCAUCAACUAUUACCCUAAGCACCCUGAGGCCACAUGGCUACUCAAUAGACUAAGACAUCAUGGAUUGUUCAGGGACAACCAUGCAGAUUUUAAGGAGGAAUUUGCAGCUCAGAGAGCCAAACGUGGUAAAGGCCCCCCAGAAAAGGGACAGGGAAAAAGAGCAUUGAGGAAGUGAACUGUGUAGGACUAACGUGUGAAAUAAACUGAUUUUAUAUUCAAA